AGAAGGUCCCACAUCUAAAUAGAAAGAUGUUCCAGAAAAGAAAAGAAAAAAAAAAAACAUAGAAAAUGAAGGGGAAAGAAUCAUUUUCCUUCGGGUAAAAUUCCUGGAACUAAAGAACACCAGUUUUCAAAACAUCAGGUGCCCAGCAAAGAGAAUGACAAAAGACUGAUACAAUAAUAUAUUGUGAUGAAAUUUAAGAAUACUAAGUGAAAAGAGAAAAAUCUUAAAGCUUCUGAACCAGGGCAGUGGCAGAGUGAGGAGAACCUACCAUGUAUCAUACAAAGAAGUAGAAAUUAGACCGGCAUUGGACUUUUCAGAAACAGCACCAUGUGUUAGGAAACAGAGGAAAAGUGCCCGAAUUUUCAGAUGAAGAAUAUUUUUUCUCAUCUAUGAUUCUAUAUUUAGCUAAACUGUCCAGUCUGAGAUAUAAUACAUUUUCAUAUAUUCAAGUUCUUAAAAUUACCUCUCACGUACAAAACAAAAAACAAAAAACAAACAAAAACAAAAAACAAACUCCUGGAGGAUUUAUUCCACUAAAAAGAGAACACCAAGAAGUAGGAAGACUUUAGAGCCAGGGUACAGGGUACAGACAUGAAAGAGAGCUAAGGACAGUUCCUGAAAUGGUAAGAAAGGCAAGUCACAGGAUGACAGUUGUUUAGUCAAACCGGAGAAUACCCAGACAGGAGCAUGGGAAUAGAGAGCUCUGGGAAGGAUGUUUCCUGGAAAAGAAAUGAUAUGGAAGAGUUUUCUGCUGUGUCUGAAGAUAUUGAGAAAGCAGAAUUAGACCUCUGUCAGAUUUGGAAGAUGUAUCAAAGAUAGGUACACAGAAAACUAAGAAGAAAAGGAGAUGGGUUUUCAAUCCAGGGACACCAAAAAGUUGUACAAGAAAAGAAAUGUGAUCAUAACAUAACAGAUAUCUCACUAGUGAAGAAUAAUAAUUUGGGAUGUAAGUAUGCAGUUAAAAAGUCAACAAAAUGAAUUGAAGAGAGUACAGAAAGAAUUGAGUCAUUUGCAACAUGAAUUAAAUAUUAAACAGAGACAAUCACAAGCAUUCAGUCAAAGAUUGGUGGAGUACAAAUAUUUGUGGAAUAAGACUCUUUCAUUACUUACUUUUACUAAAAGGGAGCUAACCAGUAUUAAAAAUGAAGUAUAUGACAAUUUUCAAAACUGGACUUCACUGAAAGGAGAAGUUUUUCUACAAAUUAAAUCCAUAAGUGAAACAGCCUUGACAGAAAUAGAGAUACUAAGGAAAAGUUUGACAGUGUCCCAGAGAAAUAAGAUGUGCCUUGAAGAGGAAAUGAAAAAUCUGAAAUUGUUGUCAGAUGCAGCCAUACUGAGGUCUCAGCAGAUUCAGACAUCCCAACAACAGGAAGCAAACUUGCAAACCAGAUGCCAUGACUUGGAAAAAGAAGUACUAGGUUUACAAUGUCAAGUAGAGGCACUUGGUCUAAAACAUCAGAAGGCAGUGACAGAGAUUGACAACUAUAAAGAAAAGCUCAUGAAUAAAUCUAAUGAAGCUGAUGACUGUCAAAGAGAACUUAGAAAACUGAAGUUUGAAUCCAUUAUUUCUGAGUCACGGCAUACCAGAUUGCUUAAAGAGAAAGAGGAUUCUUUAAUGGCUUGUCAACAAAUAUAUAAAACUUUACAGGAAGAACUGACUGCGAAAGAAAGACAAGAAGAAGACAUAAAAAGAAGAAUUAACUUUGCAGAAAAUGAACUACAGAUAACCAAAACUCUUCUGCAUCAGACAAAGGAAGAGGUUGUAACGCUGAAAAGUGAAAGGGAAUUAAUGCUGAUUUCACAUCAGAAAAGCAUCGAGCAGCUGCAGGAAACCCUUAGACAGAAGCUGCUGAAUGAUGAUAACUGGAGAGAGAAGAUUGAAGCUGAACUUGCCAAGGAAAGAGCCCAGCAUUUAGUUGAGUUUGAGGAGCAAGCUCUGCUUUUUAAAGCAGAAGCUAAACUGGAACUUGAUAUUGAAAAGAAAAAACAUCAAGAAAUAAUCUAUAAAUAUAAGAAAGAACAAGAGGAACUAAAAAUGAAGAUAUCUGAUUUAAUCGCAAGUGCUACUAGAGAUCUAAAGCUGGAAGUGGCCACCCUUGAAGAAAAACUCCAUGAAUCUUGUAUCCGACAUACUGAAGAUUCUGAAUCAAAGGAGAAAGAAAUUGAAAACCUUAAAAAUUUGGUUGCAGAAUUUGAAGCCCGCCUGAAGAAAGAAACUGACAGUAACGAUUCCAUUUCAGAGGACUUGAGGAAGGAAAUGAAGCUGAAGUCAGAUGAGCUAGAUAGAGUAAUGCUGGCACAAACACAACUGAUGCAGCAGUUUAACCAGUCCCAGGAACAGAACACUUUUCUUCAGGAAACAGUGCGCAGGGAGUGUGAAGAACGCUUUGAACUGACAGAGGCUUUGAGCCAAGCCAGAGAACAGCUUCUGGAGCUCAGGAAGCUCAGUGGAAGUUUACCUUUGUCGCGGUGUUCCCUUAACCAGGGCAGCCUAACCUCCUCUGCUGCAGUGGUCAGCAGCCGGGGAGAAAGAAGCCUUGCAAGACUGAACUCUGGAAAAGGAAUCAAAAUCCCCAGCCUGCAUGGAGUGUCAAAACCCACCACUGCCCCAACCUCAGUUCAACCCAAGAGGGUCAGCAGCUCAGGUUUGCCUACUUUCCCCCAGCCCCAUCCUCCCAGGGGUCGAGCAUCUUCCGUAAAUGAGACCAGACAAAGACUGACUGCCAUUCUGAGGAGGAGACUAAAUCAGCAGUGACUGAUUCAGCCAGGAGCAGCUCCAAGCAGGACACUUGGUACUUCCCAGACCAAGUGUAACUGAGGAUGACAGAGGUCAAAUUAUUAUCACAGAUCCAGAAUGCACGGUUAUAGAUAUUUUUAAUAGGAUAGUUGGAAAAACUAGGAAUUGUGAAGCCAUAUUUUCCAAGAGGCCUUUGAAGUUGCAACAGAUAAUGAAGUUGGUGGUAUUCCAGAGGGCCAAUUUCUAUGUGUCUAUAUUGGAUGUUUAGAUGUGUUCUCUGAAUAUUCCCUUUUUGAGAUCACAGGUAAAAUUUUUCACCCAUAGCAUCUUUGCUAUUUUUUUUUUGCACCUUUACAAGCAGAUAUAUUUCCACCAAAAAUAGAUUGUGUUGGUUUUGUUGGUGUUUGUUCAUUUGUUUGUUGAGCUGAAUAGGUUAAAUAGAUGUGAUUAGUAUUACAAAUAGAAAAUAGAAGUACGUUAGUCCUAAAUUUGAUAAUUUCCAAAAUAUUUAGUUCAAAUAUUCACAGAAUUCAACAUCAUCAUAGAAACCUUCUCUUUUCAUCUUGCAGUUUAAUUGGUUAAUACAAUUUCUUUUUAGGCCAGAAGUAAUGAUAGGUACCCUUCAAGAAGACAGUCUUUCCUGUGAACCUGGGACCUUCUAGAAAAAGGGACACCAACUCCAAUUCAAGGACAAGGGGGUUUACUUUUCAAACUUCAGAGAUUAUUUUUAAAAACAGUCUGGCUGACCAUGUAAAUAUUACUUGGUAGAGGUAGUUUUUCUACAUUGAAUGGUUUUUAGUAAUCACGAUUAGAUUUUGAUUUGAGCCAUUGGGAAAAGAACUAAUUCAAGACAGUCUCAUA